AUGAGCUCAUACUUGAUUACGCUUGUCACAGCAGCAAUCUCACUCGCAGCAAUCUCUGGUGCUUCGCAAUGCUACUUGCCUGAUGGCCAUCUCGCCGGCGACUAUGGCUUCAACUUCGAGCCCUGCAACGGAAAGAACACGACAUGGCAGCAGUGCUGCUUCCCCGGAGAUAUCUGUACUCGAAACGGGCUUUAUCUGCCUCAGCUUGACUGCUGUUAUGAUGGGAGUGCCCAGUAUCAUCUCUCCGACAACUCCAGGGCGAAGACUGGAGCUGAUACUUCUGGUGAAGUUGGCGGUAAAAAGAACAGGGCCACGAUUGGAGCUGUCGUUGGAGGUGCGUUGGGCGGCCUUGCGUUGAUUGGAGGUGCAGUCGGCGUGUGGCUGUAUCUGAGGAAGAAGAGAAAUAUGCGUGAGAAGGAGUCAGCUGCUCAAAAUGAGAUAUCGGGCCUACCGGAGACGAAGCAAGUCUUGGAGAUGGGAGCUGAUUCGGUGACUGGACAGAAAUGCACGGCUGAAGCUGAUAUGAAAGAUCAUCCCACGGUGGUAGAGAUGGAUUCAACGGUGGUCUACGAGUUGGGGGCUUAG